GGGUGCUCACCUUGUACAGGUCGUACUGUAUAGGCACUCCCGAUUUGUGAAUUUGCAAUCCGCAUAGAUAAAACCAAGGACUGCACACCAACUGUUUGCUAUAAUGAAACUGUGACUUACUCUAUCUGAUAAAGAAACACGAAGAAAGUUCAAGUACCAUGGCUACUGCUGAGUACAAAGGCUUGGAUUCAAUUAGCAUUGCAGAUAUCGAAGUUUUGGGCAUAAACUAUGAUCUUGCAGCUGAGUUUCACGAAAAGCUCACCAAGAUUGUCGAUCAUUAUGGACCUGCCACUCCCCAGACAUGGCAGCGUGUCUCCAAGGAUUUGCUUACUCCGGAGCUUCCUUUCCCCUUGCAUCUGAUGAUGUACUAUGGCUGCUACAAGGACUUUGGACCUGACCCGCCUGCUUGGUUACCCGGCCCGAAUAGUGCAAUAUCAACUAAUGUUGGUCAGUUGCUAAAGAGAUGUGGGAAGGAAUUAAUAGGAUCAACAUAUCAAGACCCAAUCUCAAGCUUCUCUGAUUUUCAGGAAUUCUCUGUCUCAAACCCGGAGGUGUUCUGGAAAACUGUAUUGGAGGAGAUGAAUGUUUCAUUUGCAGUUCCUCCUCAAUGUAUUUUGUCUGUGGAUCCAUCUCAUCCAGGUGGGAAGUGGCUUCCUGGAGCACGUUUGAAUCCAGCAAAGCAGUGCCUCUGUCUAAAUGGAAAAAGGACUCCGCAUGACGUAAUUAUAAUUUGGUGUAAUGAAGGAGAUGAUGAAACCCCUCUUAAAAAAAUGACCCUUGAGGAGCUACGUUCUGAAGUCUGGAAAGUUGCACGUGCUAUUGAAACCCUGGGUUUGGAGAAAGGCUCUUCUAUUGCUAUUGAUAUGCCAAUGGAUGUCAAUUCAGUGGUGAUCUACUUGGCUAUUGUUUUUGCUGGCUAUGUAGUAGUGUCAAUUGCUGAUAGUUUUGCACCCAAAGAAAUAUCUACACGGCUCGUAUUGUCAAAAGCGAAAGCAAUUUUUACUCAGGAUUUUAUUGCCCGUGGAGAGAAAAGGUUACCCUUGUACAGUCGAGUUGUUGAUGCUCAGUCACCAAUGGCAAUAGUAAUUCCCAAUAGAGCCUCCUCCUUGUGCAUAAAAUUACGUGACGGUGACAUAGCAUGGCAUGACUUUCUGGGAAGAAUAAGAGAGUCCAAUUGCAGAGAGCUUGAUGCGGUAGAUGUACCUACUGAGGCAUUCACAAAUAUUCUUUUCUCUUCUGGAACAACAGGAGAGCCAAAAGCAAUUCCAUGGUCUGCUAUAACACCUUUGAAGGCUGCUGCUGAUGGUUGGUGCCACAUGGAUAUCCAAAGGGGUGAUGUAGUUGCUUGGCCAACUAAUUUGGGCUGGAUGAUGGGACCUUGGUUGGUUUAUGCUUCAUUGCUUAAUGGGGCAUCCAUGGCCUUGUAUAAUGGAUCACCUCUUGGUUCUGGCUUUGCUAAGUUUGUACAGGAUGCCAAAGUAACGAUGCUAGGUGUGAUCCCGAGCAUUGUGAGAACAUGGAAAACUACAAAUUGUACAUCUGGCUUUGAUUGGUCAACCAUUCGUUGCUUUGGCUCCAGCGGUGAGGCAUCCAGUGUAGAUGAAUACCUCUGGCUUAUGGGAAGAGCUCGAUAUAAACCUGUGAUAGAGUAUUGUGGUGGAACAGAGAUUGGUGGAGGCUUUGUAACUGGUUCCUUGCUACAGGCUCAAUCUUUGGCUGCAUUUAGCACAGCAGCUAUAGGCUGUAGCCUCUACAUUAUUGGCAAGGACGGAUUUCCUAUUGCAUCGGAUGUCCCUGGAAUUGGUGAAUUGGCCCUUGGUCCUCUCAUGUUUGGAGCAUCCAGCACGCUGCUGAAUGCAGACCACUACAAGGUUUAUUUCAAAGGAAUGCCUGCAUGGAAUGGAAAGAUCCUGAGACGACACGGAGAUGUCAUAGAGCGUACUUGUAAAGGGUAUUAUCGUCCCCAGGGUAGAGCAGAUGAUACGAUGAAUCUGGGUGGUAUCAAGGUAAGUUCCCUCGAGAUUGAGCGCAUUUGUAAUGCUGUUGAUGUUGAUAUUCUAGAGACUGCAGCCAUUGGCGUGCCACCUGCUGGAGGUGGUCCUGAGAAGUUAGUAAUUGUAGUUGUCUUUAAGGAUUCAGACGAAUCGAAUCACAACUUGAACAAAUUGACGAUUUCCUUCAACUUGGCUCUGCAAAAGAAAUUGAACCCUCUGUUCAAGGUUUCGAACACUGUAGCCCUCCCUUCCCUACCUAGAACCGCAACAAAUAAAGUUAUGCGUAGAGUUCUGCGACAACAAUUUUCAGAGGCCAACAAUGGCGUCACAUUGUAAUUUUUAUUUGUCCCUCAAUGUAUAGUUACUACUCUCCCUCUGUUCUUUAAUUAAGAAAAUACAUGUUUCUUUCGAGUGAUAAAAUAUUAAUUACCACCUAUUCAUUUAGUAAUUUUAAAA